AGCGAUGAGUCCUCCACUGCUGAAGCUUGGCGCUGUGCUUAGUACCAUGGCAAUGAUCUCCAACUGGAUGUCCCAAACUCUCCCAUCCUUGGUAGGACUGAACACUACGAGGCUGUCGACGCCAGAUACCUUAAAGCGGCAUACUUUACAGAAGAACAAUGGCUAUGACAUUUCCCUACCUUAAUUAUUCAAGAUAAUCGCUCAUACCUUAUGAUUCCCAUGGUGAAAAAUGAAUGAAUCUGUAUUUCCUAGAUUAAGAUCAUAAAAUGUUAAUGCUGGAAAGGAUUUCUGAAACCAUCCAGGCCAGUUUUUUCACACUAUUUUUGGCAGUGGUCCCUUUUUUCCCCCAAAUUAAAUCUUAUGUAAUACAUGCUGAAUAAAUAUUUGUCGAGUGAAACUUGAAGUGGAAAUCCGAUUUGUAAAGAGGUCAUGGGUCAAAUAAUAAAUGAUGAGGGGUAGCAUUUAGUGGUCCUCCACCAUCAGCUCCCUCCCCACACAAUCAACCCCUUGCCCUAGACAAGAUUCCUCCAGAGAAACCUCAUAGCACUCAAGAGCUCAACUGGAAAUAUGAAUGAUCUAAUCCAGCCUCCUCAAGCUGCAAGUGGGAAGAAUGACCCAAAAUGUGUUAAGUGACUAAACAGAUUUCCGCCAGCUGGUCAAUGAGAGAGCCAAGGGUGGAAGCAAGUCACCUGACCACAGUUCUGAUCAGAGGAGUGAUCUCAUCCUUCACUAGUCCUUACCCUUCCUGGCUCUGGUGCCACGACUCAGAUUAGUCCCAAAGAAGGCUGGCAAGUGUACAGCUCAGCACAGGACCCUGACGGACGAUGCAUCUGCACAGUGGUCGCUCCAGAACAAAACUUGUGUUCCCGGGAUGCCAAAAGCAGGCAGCUGCGCCAGCUUCUGGAAAAGGUUCAGAACAUGUCCCAGUCUAUUGAAGUCUUAAACUUGAGAACUCAGAGAGAUUUCCAAUAUGUUCUAAAAAUGGAAACCCAAAUGAAAGGGCUGAAGGCCAAGUUUCGGCAGAUUGAAGAUGAUCGGAAGACGCUAAUGACCAAGCAUUUUCAAGAGUUGAAAGAGAAGAUGGAUGAACUCCUGCCCUUGAUCCCCGUGCUGGAACAAUACAAAACAGAUGCCAAGUUAAUCACCCAGUUCAAGGAGGAAAUCCGGAAUCUGUCUGCUGUCCUUACUGGGAUUCAAGAGGAAAUUGGUGCCUAUGACUACGAGGAACUGCAUCAAAGGGUGCUUAGCCUGGAAACCAGGCUUCGUGACUGCAUGAAAAAGCUGACAUGUGGCAAAUUGAUGAAAAUCACAGGCCCAAUUACAGUCAAGACAUCUGGAACCCGAUUUGGUGCUUGGAUGACAGAUCCUUUAGCAUCUGAAAAAAAUAAUAGAGUCUGGUACAUGGACAGUUAUACUAACAAUAAAAUUGUUCGUGAGUACAAAUCAAUGGCCGACUUUGUCAGUGGGGCUGAGUCAAGGACAUACAACCUCCCUUUCAAAUGGGCUGGAACCAACCAUGUUGUCUACAAUGGCUCACUCUAUUUUAACAAGUAUCAGAGUAACAUCAUCAUCAAAUACAGCUUUGAUAUGGGGAGAGUGCUUGCCCAAAGAAGCCUCGAGUAUGCUGGUUUUCACAACGUUUACCCCUAUACAUGGGGUGGAUUCUCUGACAUCGACCUGAUGGCCGACGAGAUUGGGCUGUGGGCUGUGUAUGCAACUAACCAAAAUGCUGGCAAUAUUGUCAUCAGCCAACUUAACCAAGAUACCUUAGAGGUGAUGAAGAGCUGGAGCACUGGCUACCCUAAGAGAAGUGCAGGGGAAUCUUUCAUGAUUUGUGGGACACUGUAUGUCACCAAUUCCCACUUAACGGGGGCCAAGGUGUAUUACUCAUAUUCCACCAAAACGUCCACAUAUGAGUACACGGACAUUCCUUUUCAUAACCAAUACUUUCACAUAUCCAUGCUUGACUACAAUGCAAGAGAUAGAGCUCUUUAUGCCUGGAACAAUGGUCACCAGGUCCUAUUCAAUGUCACCCUUUUCCACAUUAUUAAGACUGAGGAUGACACAUAAGCAAAUGUAAUUUGUUUUCAUUGAUCAAAACCGUGUCAUUUGUGAUAAACUCUGUAGAACCCCUUCUGUUUUCCCUUUAUUAUAACUUUUCAUCAUUCUCCAAAGCAUUUUUUAUUAUCAAGUUGGUUUUUCAAAAGUCAGCCAAGCCUGUCUAAAUUAACCUGUUGGAAACACAUCUUAACUCCUAAAUUUACAGGGCCUAUCAUGUCCUUGUCAUGAAAAGCACUAAAAAGAGCUUAAGUGGCUAAAGUUAUAGUUUUGCAAAAGAUUAAUGAUCUGCCUUAUAUUAGAGUCAGAGACUAAUGAUGGCUUAAAUGCAUGAAUGUCUUUUUUUUUUUUUAAUUCUGUCAUUUUUUUACUGUCUUUUGCUCUACAUCAGGAAAUAUUUUGGUAGGAAUUAGGGGAAAAAAGCACUUUUCUCCCAUUUAUUUCUAAAAACCGAUUUAAGGAUUUUAUUUAUAUGGAAAAAAUAUAUUACUCAUUUUGCUGUUAUAGAAUUCUCUGAUGCGGUGCUGUACAGUCAUUUUUAAAUCUCUUGCUAACAUUUUAUUGGCAAUAUGUAUUUCUACCAUUGUAACCACCAUUGUGCAAUUGUAUCUCUUCACUUCUGUGAAAGUAAGUAAUAUUUUUUAUAAAAUACACUGAAGUUUAAUCUCAGUAAUUAUUAUGGGCCAAUUUUCAAGUGUGGUCAAAAAGGAAAUAUAUUCUCGGCUUACCCCUUUAUUUAAAUUUAUAAACUAAAAGGAAAAUCGGACUAAAUCCCUUACACAGAAUAUUUAUUUUACCCCAAGUUUAUUAGAUCACUAAUACUGAAUGCUAAAACUGAUUCACUAUGGAUGAGUUAUUCUGUUCACUUCAUUGAAAGCAACCCACAUUGUUGCUUGCAAAGAUGCAACUGAGUCAGAAAAUUUAGCUUUGAGUUGACUUUACUCAUUUACUACACAACCAAAUUUUGUUCAUGAAUAAAUAUAUUAGUGUUUUAACUUAAAAUUUACACACAACUUGCAAUAAUGUAAUUACUUGUGUCAGGACUCUGAAAGUACAUGAGGCACAUUUGGAAACUCUUAAAAAGAAAAUUUCUGUGAGGUCAUCUAGAUUUACAUUAUGAGCUCUGGAGAGUUACUGGCAAUAUUAGUGCAAAAGAAAAUGAUGGGAAGACUUGGGAGUUGUCUGUGCGGUUUAAAUGCGCAAAAGCCAAUUCAGAAAACAAGAUGGGAAGGCAACCCCUUGUUACCCUGAUUCAUAAUGUGUGCAGAAACAAUGUAACCAAAAAAGAAAGCUUUAAUAAUAUUUUAUGUUAAUAACUCCAAAAACAUAUAAUCAAUAUUUAUCAAACAUGUCGUUGAGUUUGGAUGUCCUUUCCGUAUGUCAAAAAUACUUACCUAAGGCAGAUUUACAGAAACUAAUGUGGGUUGGUUUUACAAUUUAAAAAGUAUAUUCUAUAACAAAUAAUGUAUAACUUAAAUUGUGGUAAAUGUUUAGUUUCAUACAUACAUAAUAACAAUUUCCUUUGUAAAGUAAGGAUAUAAUAAUUCAGAUGAAGCAUUGUGUAAAGAAAUGCUAACACUUAAGAGUAAUUCAUUUCAAAUGUCACAAGUAAAACAUAAUUCUCAAAUAUCUCACUAUCAAAGUCAUAGAAUUAAAUAGCUCAAUCUUGAGAGUGUUAAAGUUUCACAAAGAUUUCUUUUCUUUUUUGCCUACAAAAAGUUAGCAUGACUUAGUGACCACUCUGAGUCCUUUUGCAAUGUUGUCUUCUCUUUUAAAAUGUUUAUAUGAGUUCUCCUCUGCUUUUGAGAGUUAGAAAAUUUAGGGGAUUCACUCGUCAUUAUACACACACCACACAAGUAAUCAGCCAAUACUUUGUAUAUCAAGAGUUUGUAUGAAGAAAGAAAGACAAUUUCAAAAAUGAAUGAAUUUUUAAGUAGAUGGCCUCUGAUGGAUACCUGGGUCUUCAUUACUUGUUUUUUAAAAAAAUGAUGUAAUAUAGUAUCACAUACAUUCAAAACCUGGAUGAUCACAGCUUUUUUGUGAGAUGUGCGGCUUGUAAAGCACUUUAUUGUUUUCUAUGUAAGGUAUCAUCACCAUACCCAAUUUCUAGUGUAUGUGCUGCCAGGGCGAGCACACAUUUUAUUAUUGUCAAAGAAGUGGGGGUAACAUGAGUUUAAAAAUGUGACUUGCAUUAAACAUUUACAGUUUAAAAGCAUUUUUUCUUAAUAAAUUAUUAUCAGUUUUGUGCCUGAUAUAAGAACUUACUCUAAUCACUGUUUUUUUUAAUCUCAAAUAAAUUUUAUGAGGGAAAUAAUUUACUAUUUUAAAAUCAUUUACAUAAUCCUAUCAGUAAAGAAGUCCAAGCUUAAUCCUAAAUGAACUGCAACC